AAGACACAAACACUAAACAAAAUAAGAAGAAACAUGAAGUGUUUUAAGUUUAUUGCAUUGGCUUUGAUGAGUCUUCUGAUCACAUUGGCUUCCGUUGAGGCGGCAGGUGAGUGUGGUCGCAUGCCCAUUGGUCAAGCUGCGGCUAGCCUAAGCCCGUGUUUGGCUGCUACAAAGAACCCAAGGGGUAAGGUUCCACCGGUUUGUUGUGCCAAAGUUGGUGCUCUCAUUAGAACCAACCCUCGUUGUCUUUGUGCUGUCAUGCUCUCUCCUUUGGCCAAGAAAGCUGGUAUCAAUCCUGGAGUCGCAAUCGCUGUUCCUAAACGCUGUAACAUCCGCAACCGCCCCGCUGGCAAACGAUGUGGACGUUACGUUGUUCCAUGAAGAAUAUAACAUUUGGUUUUGGAUCUUUUACGAUCAAAGUGAUGAGAAGUUCUUAAGAUUAAAAAUAAAAAAUGUUUCCACUUUCCACUUACCUUUGUAGAGGAGAACUGUGAACUAUCAUAUCCUUAAUAAUCUAUGUUGUGGGACGUCGUCCUAAUUGCCUUUUUGGGUAUGACUUAAUGAAUGUUUUUUAUCAUAAAAUAAAAUUCUUAAAGUUUAAUAAUAACAAGAACCAAAC